AUGCUUCUCCUUAGGAAUGCACCCUUUAGGCUAGUUCCUGAUUCAGUCAAUUCACACAAGCUAAAAGCACAACAGACUUGCAACCGUGGUGCAAACUUCAGGGAUUUGAGAGGGGUACGGGUUCGUGAGGACAACAAAGUUGAAUGGGACACAGAUAUACCGAGGGUGUAUCUAUCUUCUGGGAAACCAUUGGUGCCUGAUUAUGCAAUGACUUUUGUCAAUGGAAGUUCAUCAAAACCAUUUGCUCGAUUAUGGUGGGAUGAGAUAGUGCCUACAGUGGUUACUAGAGCGGAGCCCCACAACCAGGCAAUAUUGCAUCCUCAGCAAAACAGAGUCCUAUCAAUUCGGGAAAAUGCAAGACUGCAAGGCUUUCCUGAUUAUUAUAAACUUAUUGGCCCAAUUAAAGAAAGAUACAUCCAAGUGGGGAAUGCAGUGGCUGUUCCUGUUGCGCGAGCCUUGGGAUAUGGAUUGGCUUCGGCACUAAGAGGAACUUGUGGUGAAGACCCUUUAUUUACCUUGCCCGCGGGCUACCCUAAGAAUAUGAAUCCUCCUUCUCCUGCUUCUGAUGAGGAUAGUGUUUGAUUGUUGUAUUAUUAGUUUAUAUGUGAACCAUUAAUCCAAAAAUGGUGGUUCACCAUUGUUUAUUUGACGAUUUAUCUAAGUCAUGUAACGAAAUUCAAAUCAAACUAUUAUCCUAAUUAUUUGGGAUUUA